CAAGUCGCUGAAUUCUCCGGUGGGAAGAGGGGAGCGCUCAUUCUUUUAAAAAAAGCGUGAGAGAAAUCUGUUUAGAAUAAGACGUGUCUCUGUCUGUUUAGAAUGGCUUUAAAGAUGGCUCUCAGAUGUUCAUUCCUUCGUCUCUUCAAAAGACAGUUGGAAUCGCCUGUACAAGAGAAGAAGUAUGCUCAUUCUGUGGCAAUUAUUGGGGCUCCAUUGUCGAAAGGACAGAAGAGGAGAGGAGUCGAGCGCGGACCCAGGGCCGUGAGGGAUGCUGGGUUGUUAGACAGGCUGUCUUCACUGCGUUGUCAGGUGUAUGAUUUGGGAGAUCUGAAUUUCACCCACCUGGCCAACGACGACACCUACAAAGGCGUCCCCUUCCCGCGCACGGUGGGGCUCGCCAAUAAAGUGCUGGCAGACGCGGUGAGCGGCGCAGUGGGAGCAGGGCACACCUGUAUCACACUGGGAGGGGAUCACAGUUUAGGGAUCGGCUCUGUCCAGGGCCACUCCCGGCAGUGUCCAGACCUGUGUCUGAUCUGGGUGGACGCGCACUCUGACAUCAACACCCCCCUCACCUCCCCUUCAGGGAACCUGCACGGCCAGUCUGUGUCCUUCCUGCUCAAGGAGCUGCAGGACAAGGUGUCUACGGUCCCUGGCUUUUCCUGGGUCACACCCCGCCUCUCCUCUUCAGAUAUCGUGUACAUCGGACUUAGGGAUGUGGAUCCUGGAGAGCACAAAAUUCUGAAGACCUGUGGAAUAAAGUACUUUUCAAUGAGAGAAAUAGACAGAGUGGGGAUUCAGAGAGUAAUGGAAAUGACCUUCGACCAUCUGCUAGAAAGAAAGCAAAAACCAAUCCAUCUCAGCUUUGACAUUGAUGCGUUUGACCCCUCUCUGGCCCCUGCUACUGGAACCCCAGUGAUGGGAGGAUUGACGUACAGAGAAGGCAUCUACAUCAGUGAAGAGAUUCACAACACAGGCCUGUUGUCUGCCAUGGAUCUGGUGGAAGUGAACCCCACACUGGGAGCCACGCGGGAGGCAGUGGAAGCGACGGCCAGCCUGGCUGUGGACGUGAUUGCUGCAUCUCUGGGUCAGACGAGAGAGGGAGCGCACAUCUCCAUGGACAAGCUGCCAUCGGCCAGCACCACCUACGAAUCAGACGUUGAACAGGAAAUUAGACUCUAGGACUCCUCUCUUCUCUCUCUGACCGUUGCCCAGCAGCACCUAUGAAUCGGACAACGAGCAGAAAAUCUGACUAAAGACUUCUCUCUCGCUCUCUCUUGCUGCAAGUAUUUGCAUUCCUCAGCUGUCCAGGGAGCACUUACUGACCUGAAUACCAAACUUGCCCCGGCAGUUUCUAAACCACCAAAAAAACCAAAAAAAAAACUUUGUAAACGCACUGCACAUUACAGAUAAUGUAUUGUUAGUUUUUAAUGUCGAUAUACAGUCAAUUCUCAUUAAUACGAAUUUCAACGGACCGGCAAAAAAAUGUAUCUUAUCAGUAAUUCGUAUUAUCAGGAAUCUAAAUCCAAAAGCAUCCGGUCAGGUCUUACUGAAGUUACAGCAACACAAAUCAAAUUUAAUUUACAGAACAAUGAAAAGUAUUCUACAUUUCCAAGUACUGUGCGUUUUUAUUGAAAAUACGAUUGCAAGUGAACUUUAAGAGCAUACAUUGCAAAUGAACUACACUUGAAACCUGCCUGUCCCAUUCUGAUCACAGGCAUUUUUAAAACACAAAAGCAAGGUGUCCUUAACAACAGGGCAUCGAGCAAAUCCAAAACAUUGAUGACUUGCAUUCACUAUUGCUAUUUAUAAGCCUGUGUUAUUGUAUUCUGUUUUAUUUUGUUUGAAUACUUGAUAAAGUGUUCGCGGGAAAGUUGACAUCUUUUUGUUUCUUGUACAUGACCCACCGCUUUCAAUGCCUCCACUUUAGUUUUUGUGAGAGCACUAUGGCAAACUCGAAAUGCAUCAUAGGAUCUCUAGUCCCCAAACGGCACUAAAAUACAGAACAGAGGAACUAAUCUUGGUGCAAGUUAAUACAUUUCCUAAUAUCCUUUCCAUUCAGCAGUUUGAACAAGGGCGUUUUUGUUUUAUUUUCUUCUGGAGGGAUCCAAAGUGAAUUUGUAUUUUAAGUAAUUUACAAUAACUUUUUGCCUGGACCUUGUAGGAAAUUUUGUCAAAUCUGAGUUUGUUUUAAUGAGAAUUUACUAUAUACCGAGUUGCUAUUUAUGUAUAAUAAUAUUAAGAAGUUUAGAAAAACAUUUAGGGUUAAAUUACCAACCUCUGUAUGAACGACUUUGAAAUGUUAGGCAUCUAACUGGAAAAAAAAUGAUUUGAGUUUGUUUCUGUUUUUUAAGUUACUCUAAAUAUGUUUGUUUUGGUUUUAUUAUAGUACUAAAUAAUGUGUAUGAUGCAGUGUAAUAAAUAAAAGCUGUAUGGCUAUAUUAAGACUAA